AUGGUUGUCCCCCAUCUGCUCCAGUCAAGCUCCAGCCACCCUGCUCCACCCCCUGCUGCCGUCACUGAAGAGAAGUGGCCUCCUGCCACAGCACGACUUAUUUCAAUGGACCAGAAGAGGCAGGGAGGCAGGACACAGUGCGUGAGAGAAGUCUGUCCCAUUCUCUCCUGUCCCCAGCACCUUAGUCACAUCCCCCCAGGACAGUGCUGCCCCAAAUGUUUGGGUCAGAGGAAAGUGUUUGAUCUCCCUUCCGGGAGCUGCCUCUUUCGCAGUGACGUUUAUGACAAUGGCUCCUCAUUUCUCUACGAUAACUGCACAGCAUGCACCUGCAGGGACUCUACUGUGGUAUGUAAGAAGAAGUGCUCCCGCCCUGGCAGCUGCGACAGAGGUGAGGGGGGCUGUUGUGAAGACUGUCUCCUGCGAGUACCCCUGGAGGACACCAAAGUGUGCAAGUUUGGGAACAAGAUUUUCCAGGAUGGAGAGAUGUGGUCCUCUAUUAACUGCACCAUCUGUGCUUGUGUGAGAGGCAAGACGGAGUGUCGCAAGAAGCAGUGCCUGCCCAUCAGCAGCUGCCCCCAGGGUAAAAUUCUCAAUAGAAAAGGAUGCUGUCCUAUUUGCACUGAAAAGCCUGGCGUUUGCACGGUGUUCGGAGACCCCCACUACAACACCUUUGACGGGCGGACAUUUAACUUCCAGGGGACGUGUCAGUACGUCUUGACCAAGGACUGCUCGUCGCCUGCCGCGGCCUUCCAGGUGCUGGUGAGGAACGACGCGCGGCGCACUCGCUCCUUCUCCUGGACCCGGGCGGUGCAGCUGGAGCUGGGUGGCAGUGCCCUCAGCCUGCAGCAGCAUCUCAGUGUGCGCUGGAAUGGCUCGCGGGUCGCGCUGCCCUGCCACGCACCGCACUUCCGCAUCGACCUGGACGGCUACCUGCUGAAGGUGACCACCAGAGCAGGUUUGGAAAUAUCCUGGGAUGGAGACAGUUUUGUGGAAGUCAUGGCUGCCCCUCAUCUCAAGGGCAAGCUGUGUGGUCUCUGUGGCAACUACAAUGGACAUAAACGUGAUGACUUGAUUGGUGGAGAUGGAAACUUCAAGUUUGAUGUGGAUGACUUUGCUGAAUCUUGGAGGGUAGAGUCCAACGAGUUCUGCAACAGACCCCAGAGAAAACCAGUGCCUGAGCUGUGUCAAGGGACAGUGAAGGUAAAGCUCCGAGCCCAUCGAGAAUGCCAGAAGCUCAAGUCCUGGGAGUUUCAGACCUGCCACUCGACAGUGGACUAUGCCACGUUCUACCAGUGA